UAUCCAGGAUGUAUUGUGUAUACCUACUGGCAUAUGGCCAUUACGUCCUGCGUCAGAUGCUUGGAAGCACCCUAUAGGAAUGUCCUUGAGCAUGCAUAUGUUCAAAACAAUUGUAAAUGAAUAUCUUGAAAAUACAAUAUUCAGGGAUUGGAUGAUUAUUGCUAUUCUAGAAUAUGUCAAAUCAAAAUCUCAAAUAUCCACCAGUGCAAUUGAGAGCUUAAAAGCAGAAAUAUAUUCGAUUUUACUAAGUUUCAGAGACAGUCACAAUAUUCACAUUCACGAAAAUGCAAAAAACAAAGCUGGAAAAAUUUUAACAAAUUUUGAUAAGAUAUUCUUUUCAGCUGACGUAAAGAAUUUUAUUGAUGAAUUAGAAUUAAAAGAUGAAAGAAGGGAAUUCCAUCUAGUAGUGCAUCAAAAUGUCACAUCAGCAAACACGUUAGAAGCACUAGAAGAACAUUGCUCAACCAGAAAAGAAAUUGAAAAGAUACAUAAUACAAAUGUUGUUAUCUCUGUUGAUGAUGAAUCUGGCCAGGAUAAUGAAAAAGAAAAGGUGACUCUAGAGAAUGUUUGCAAGUGGUCAUAUGCUGAGACUGAUAAUUCAUAUUCCUUUUUUAACAAGCCUUCAGCUUAUAUAUUUUUAAUAAUGGAGAGCUUGGCAUAUAGCUACAUACUGGAUCUUACAUCUGAGUCACAGAUAGAAAAAGAAUUUGAGCCAAGAUUAUGGGCAAAACUCAUAGCUGACCGACCUGCCACAGCCAAACCCAAAUAUCAUAAAGAAAUCAGGUCCAUUUGUGAUCAUCUAUUUGGUCCUCUUUCUAAAAAAAAACAACCGAAACUUCAUGAAUCUCGUGAGAAAUGGGAGAAUUUAAGAAAUUUAAAGGCACCAGAGUAUCAUGAUGAUCUUUCUUACAAAAAGGAAGAUUGGAAAAGAUUUUGCAUUGGGCAGAACGUGCUUCUUGAUGCUUUCAAAUCAGAGUAUAAUCCUAUACAACAAAAUGACUGUGGAGAAAGGGAGUGGUUCGGGGACUACAUAAUUCCUAUAUUUAAAGGAGCUCUGAAAUUGAACACAUCCUGCUGUGUCCCUUGCAACUUACGUCCUGCUCUCUCUUGUGCAUGGGAUAUUAAGUGUCUUGUUGAAAAUCUAUCACUUGAGUUUCAUGAUGAAACAUUUGUUACUUCUACAACUCCCGAACAU